AGAAAGAAGCAAAAACAAAAACCAUGUCUCACAUAGCUGUGGAGAGAAACAGGAGAAGGCAAAUGAAUGAGCAUCUCAAGGUCUUGCGUUCUUUAACCCCAUGUUUCUAUAUCAAAAGGGGGGACCAGGCAUCUAUUAUUGGUGGGGUGAUAGAGUUUAUCAAGGAGUUGCACCAGGUGUUGCAAGCGUUGGAGUCAAAGAAGCAGAGGAAGAGUUUGAGCCCUAGUCCGGGUCCAAGCCCUAGGGCGGUGCAGGUGCAGCUUCCUCCUAUUCAGGCUGAUAUUCCCUUUGGAUUUGAAGCUGGAGGAGAGCUAGGAGCGUGCUGCAAUUCUUCGAUGGCAGAUGUGGAGGCGAAGCUGUCGGGGUCCAACGUGAUCUUGAAAAUAGUAUCACGGCGGAUUCCAGGUCAGGUGCUGAAGAUCAUCAGUGUGCUGGAGGGACUUUGUUUUGAGGUUCUACACCUUAACAUCAGCAGCAUGGAGGACACUGUUCUAUACUCCUUCGUUGUUAAGAUAGGGCUAGAGUGUAAGCUGAGUUUGGAGGAAUUAGCUGUUGAAGUUCAACAAAGCUUCUUCUCGGACCCCGUUUAUGUCAAUGACAUUAACUAACAACCUAUAUAGCAUAUGCUUUGUAAUAUAUAUCAUGAAAAAGUAUAUAUCAAUCAAGACUAAUAUAAAUUAAGAGUCUUA